GGGCAAUGUUAAAUAUUGUUUUUAUUUUUCUACGUUUUUCUACAUUUUAUCGAGUUUUUAUUUUUUUUCUGUUGGUUCGUUACGUUAGUUGGUCUUUCUUGUUCUUUUGUCUUUCAUUUGUACUUUUAAAAGUUUAAUAUUUUGAGCGUCAUUUGUGCUCUUCAUUUCCUUUCAUAUUUUUAAGACUAGGUGAGUGCAUAAACAAUUUGAUAUGUGUUAGUGUAUUCACUUUUACUUGAGUAUAAAUUCUUCAUAUUUUUCUCCAUCAUUCUUAAAAAUCCUCUUAGUUUUUAAAUAAACUUGUUAAAUUUUCAGACAAUUAAAACGUUUAUUUUCUAUAAUCAAAACAAUUAUGGCUGUUCCUCCCGAUGUUAUCGAGAAGAUCGAGGCUGGGUACAAAAAGUUGCAGGAGGCACCGGAGUGCAAGUCUCUUCUCAAGAAGUACUUCACUAAGGAAGUUAUGGACCAGUGUAAAGGGCUCAAAACUAAGCUUGGUGCUAACUUGCUUGAUGUGAUCCAGUCUGGAGUUGCGAAUCUUGAUAGCGGUGUUGGUGUUUAUGCGCCUGAUGCUGAGUCUUACACUCUCUUCAAACCGCUUUUUGACCCGAUUAUUCAGGUUGUUUUUGGAUGUUUUAGUUAUUUGACGUUUUUUCAGGACUACCACAAUGGAUUUGGACCUGACCAGAAGCAGCCGCAAACUGACUUGGGUGAAGGAAAGACUCAGCUUUUGCCUGAUCUGGAUCCUGAGGGUAAAUUCAUCAACUCGACUCGUGUUCGAUGUGGGCGUUCUCUUCAGGGAUAUCCGUUCAAUCCGUGCUUGACUAAAGAGAAUUAUACGGAAAUGCAGGACAAAGUUAAGGGAGUCUUUGAGCAGCUUAAGUCUGAUGCUGAGCUUGGUGGCACCUAUUAUCCUUUGGAGGGGAUGACCAAAGAGGUUCAAACUCAAUUGAUCAAGGAUCACUUCCUCUUCAAAGAAGGAGAUCGCUUUUUGCAAGCUGCGAAUGCUUGUCGUUAUUGGCCAACCGGGCGUGGAAUCUACCAUAACGACAAGAAGACUUUCCUUGUUUGGGUCAAUGAGGAGGAUCAUCUUCGCAUCAUUUCUAUGCAAAAUGGAGGCAAUGUUGGCCAGGUGCUUGAGCGUUUGAUCAAAGGAGUUAAGGCAAUUGAGACUAAGGUUCCGUUCUCUCGCGAUGAUCGUCUUGGCUGGCUUACUUUUUGCCCUUCGAACUUGGGAACGACCGUUCGUGCAUCUGUUCAUAUCAGAUUGCCAAAGAUUAGUGCCAAACCGGAAUUCAAGAAGAUCUGUGAUGAGAUGAAGUUGCAAAUCCGUGGCAUUCAUGGUGAGCACUCGGAUUCUGAGGGCGGCGUCUACGACAUUUCUAACAAGGCUCGCCUUGGGCUUACCGAGUUUGAAGCUGUCAAGCAGAUGUACGACGGUGUGAAGAAGUUGAUUGAGCUUGAGAAAGCUGCCUAG